UUUCGUGGCGGCAGAUGAAUGGGGCACGUGGGAGCCUUCUCUUUCCCUUUCUCUCUUCCUCGCUCUCGCCGUUUCUCUCUCGCCCAACCCUUCUCAGUCGUGGCAGCUAUGAGUGAUGACCCAAUUCGUGCAUGGAUUCUCACAGAAGGAAAGGCCACACAGAUUACGAGAAUUAGUCCCAUUGGGGGUGGCUGUGUCAGUCAUGCAAGCCGAUAUGAUACAGAUUCUGGUCCUUUCUUUGUUAAGACAAACAG